GACCGUCCCUCAGCUCUGUUGUGGAGUUUGGGGAAGUUGGUGAAAGCUGCUUCAGCUUCUUGUUCCAUUAAAAUUACUGUCCUGUGGCUUUGUUUGAAAAGAAAACGAUGGCGGAAACGUCUUUCGUGAUCUCAGUAAGCGUCAUGACCGUGUUUUGGGGCAUUAUUGGAAUAGUGGUGCCGUUUUUAAUUCCCAAAGGACCGAAUCGCGGAGUUAUUGUGAUCAUGCUGGUGCUAACUGCAGUUUGCUGCUACCUCUUCUGGCUGAUUGCGAUUUUGGCUCAGCUGAACCCACUGCUUGGGCCAACGCUCAGCAAUGACACCAUAUGGUACCUCUUUCAUCACUGGGGAUAACUUUUAAUCAUAGUCUCCUUGUUUAUCAGGGGUGUGUGUUUGUGUGUGUGGCCAAAAGUUCAUUUCACUUUCUGACAAAGGGAAAAUGGAAUCCAAAUGGCACCUGUGUUGGGAGUAAGAUGUGAUGUAUAGAUUUACGUGCUUGUCUUUUUGAAGGAAAUAAUGAACAAAAUGAACUUUUUUUGUAUUUCUGUCCAUUGCCAAAUCUGUAUCCUUUCUUUGGAGUAUAUUUACUCUGUGCCUCUAUUGAUGCAUUUCCUUGUCCUAAUAUAACUAAAAACAUUAAAAAUCUCGAUGUAAUUUA